GUCAUGGUGACGUUGACAGUCGCUAAAAUAAAAAUCGUCUUUUCCUCUCUCAUUCUCUCUUUUUCUGCCACAUAAAUGCACAGCGCAGGUGUUGUUGCCUUCAUUUUUCCCCAUUCCACAUUUGCACUCAUCUCCCUAGAACCACGUACGAGUACGACGGCUAAAAAAAAGUAUGUCAGCAUGUUGUCGUCAGAUGGCCGCCUCCGCCGCCGCGACACAGGCGGCCGGCCAGCCCAUUCUGCUGCACCGGGCGUCCUUAUCCGUCAAUUUCUCGCGCGUGGGCUAUCUUCAAUCGUGGGUUAGCAGGGGCGCCGGAGCUCCAGUGCUGCGGUCCAGACGGUGGCUUAUUACGGCGUCGGUCGCCCGCCGGGGAGAGGAGGAGGAGGAUGGGAUGAAGGUGACGUCGCCGCCGCCUCCUCGGUGCUGCGCGUUUGAUCGGGACGCGGUGGCGUUGGCUGGUGGUGGAGGUGCGGCCGAUCGGAGGGCGGAGGUUAUGGUUGCGGCCGUGGCUACGGUGGUGCUCGGCGUGGGGAAUCGGGUGCUUUACAAGCUCGCCUUGGUUCCUCUCAAGCAUUACCCUUUCUUUCUUGCUCAGCUAGCCACUUUCGGAUCUGGAAAAAAGGUUUCGAUAUUUUUUGGGGCGCAAGUGAGAGGCGACGACGGAAAACCGUGGCCGACGACAGUGAAGGUCGGAAUAUUUGAGACCGCUUGCGUGGGCUUAAUUGUCUUUUACAGAAAGCCUUGGCACGUACAGUUUUUGGAAUCAUUGAAAGUGGAAAUUAUUGGGUGGAUUCGUCCAGCCAACGGCGUCGAUAAGCUUGAUGCGUCCAUGGCAACGCCUUCAUUGGUUGAUGUGCCAAAGUUCCAGUUGGCUUUCUUUUGGGUCCCCACACAACCAGCAACAGAGAUUCCCUUUGGGUUCAAUGGCAUAUGGUAUGUAAUUGUAUACUUUGCGAUUCUGUAUCUUCGGUAUCAAGCUGGGAAGGUUACAGAUGAAAUGCUAUCCUUGCCAAAAUCACCAUUAAUUGCUGUUGGCCUCCUUGAGGCGCUAGCUGCUGCAUCUGGGAUGGCAGCAGGAGCUAUCCUUUCUGGGGCAGCAAUUCCUAUACUGUCUCAGAGCUUUUUGGUCUGGCAACUUGUACUUUCAUAUAUAUUCCUUGGGAGGAGAUAUCGGUUCCACCAGUUGUUUGGUUGCUUCCUGGUGGCAGUUGGUGUUAUAGUAACUGUAGCAAGUGGAUCAGGUCCUGGUUCUCUGAUGGAAGCUGGCAUAUUUUGGAGUGUUUUGAUGAUUAUUUCUUUCUUGUUACAAGCUGCUGAUACAAUCUUGAAGGAAAUUAUAUUUGCGGAUGCUUCUCAAAGAUUAAAGGGAGGAACAGUGGAUCUAUUUGUUGUAAACUCCUUUGGAUCUGCUUAUCAGGCGAUUUUCAUAUGCCUCCUCCUCCCGUUCUUGUCCAACCUAUGGGGAAUUCCAUUUGGUCAACUGCCGAAUUAUCUUAAAGAUGGUGCUGCCUGCUUUUUGAAUGCCGGUACCAUGUCAAACAGAUGCAAUGGUGCACCCUUACUGCCUGUGCUAUUUGUCAUUGUGAACAUGGGUUUCAAUAUAUCACUUUUGCAUUUGCUCAAGAUAUCAUCUGCAGUUUUAUCUUGUCUUGCAUCAACAGUUUCAGUUCCAAUAUCAGUGUAUCUUUUCACAUUGCCUCUUCCCUAUCUUGGGGUGGCUUCCUCCCUUCCUCCCGGCUUUGUAGCAGGCGCCAUCAUCCUCGUUUUUGGUCUUCUCGUUUAUGUGUGGCCGCCCCCUCGAGCAGCCCCACCAUUGUGAAUUAGCCGACAAAACAAGACCAUCUACCUCGGUGGUUAUAUGUAUUGUAUUUUCCAACAAAAGUUGGUUUAGAGAGAAAGGUCUAUUGGCUUUACCGAACUUUUUCUUGAAAAUCAAAAUGGCUAGCUUCUUGAAGGGGUGUGAAAUAACAAUUUACAUGGAAGAGAGGAGGUGGUUGGUUACUAUUGAUUUGUGAUGAUACUGUUAGUAGGAGUUCCUCUCGCUGUGAAUUGAACAUUUCAAGGGUACAAGUAUACAAGUGGAUUUCGGUCCUCUUUU